AUGCCAAUAGACUACUCAAAGUGGGAUAAGAUUGAGCUGUCUGACGAUAGCGAUAUCGAAGUACACCCCAAUGUGGACAAACGUUCUUUCAUUAAGUGGAAGCAACGUGACAUACACGAGAAGAGAGAUCAGAGAAACCGCGAAAUCCACACGAUCCGCAUCCAGAAUGAAAUGUACACGGUGUUAAAUGAGCGUAUGGACACUCUUAUUUCUGGCUUACCUCAUAGCUCCCUUGGAAAUGAAGCCGAGAGAAACGCUUUUAUUGCAGCCAAGUUCAACCCCACGGAUAGGUGUUCUCUUGAAGAUGACCCCGAUUCACCCACAUACAACGAAAUGAUCGAGGACUUGUUUACUCAGAUUGAAGGAGACAUCAAGAAAGAGGGUAACGAUCCAAAGAAUCCUGACUUAGUGUUGGAAAAGCUAAAGUCUCAUCGAGCUAGAAUCGACAAGGUGUUGAGAGACAAUGGGCCUAGGCUGGACAGGUUGUUGGAGGAGAAGGCUGAUCAUAUUUCUAGUGAAGAUAUUCACGAUGGAUUCAAUCGGGUAAUCAUCAACAAGCAGGACGAGUCAGCAAGUGCCGAGCCACCCAAAUCACAACCAACGGCAACCAAAACCGUGAAGUCAGAGGAGAAAGUGGUUACUACUAUCAACACCCCGGUUGCCAGCUCAAAAGCUGGGCCUUCGAAGCCUUUGGAUCAGCUUGAUGAACUCGAGGUUCUGCAAGAAACGGAGGCCUUUUCCCAUAUCUCCACUGACAACUUCCUUGAAUCAGGCAGGUUCCUAGAGAGACACCCCUACAUUAUCAGCGAACAGCAAAAGGAUGCUUUGUUGAUGACAGCAUUUGAUGCUGAACUGGCAGGAGACUCUAAGCGUGCUUAUGAGAUUGUCCACCAGUCGACUUUGAUCCAGUUUGCAGACCAGUUGUCUGGAGGAAGCAGAGGUUCUCGCGAUGCCAGAGUGCGCGCCGUUGGAAUGCUUAUUGGAAAGCUCAUUGACCCCAACCAUCAGACCCGCAAGAUUUUCAUGGAAGAUGUGAAGCGCACUUUUGAGCACAUUAUAGGCCGCUGCAAGACAAUUCGAGCCGAGGAAGAGGCCAACGAAGGUCAGGAAGGUGUUGAGCAAAUCCAGUUGCGGUCGAUGGAUCCAAACUCAGAGCUUGUGGUUAGCAUUCCUCCAGAGGGAACAGCCGAAUACGCUGCGUUUGAAAAGAUUCCGCUUUCAAUGCAAGAGGCUCUCAGAACCGGGUCUUUGGACGAAAUCAACAAAGUUUUCGGUUCAAUGGAGGUCCCAGCGGCGGAGGCCAUCCUGGAGUUAUUCGAUGAGUGUGGAGUCAUUUCUAUCCAAGCUCUACUAGAGAAUGAAGACGAGUUCAACGAGCUCAAGGGCCAGUUUGAAACAGAACAGCCUGCAAAGCAACUGGAAAGACUUGAGGAACUCGAUCUCGACGACGAAGUGGUUUCUACUGCUGACCUUGUCGAUUGA